AUGGUCGUUCUUCCACAGGCACAUUAUGAUUGGACUCAUCUAAGGCUACAAGAUUUUAAAUCUAUCAGUGAUUAUAAUUCUGCUAUGUUCAGAAUUAUUUCCCAAUUGAAAUUAUGUGGUGAUAAUAUUACUGAUCAUGAUAUGUUGGAGAAAACUUUCACCACUUUUCAUGCCUCGAAUAUGCUCCUGCAGCAGCAAUAUCGAGAGAUGGGAUUCAAAAAGUAUUCUAAACUUAUCUCACAUCUUCUUGUAGCCGAGCAACAUAAUGAGCUAUUAAUGAAAAACCAUGAAAGUCGACCUACUGGUUCUUGUCCAUUCCCUGAAGUGAAUGAGACGAACUUCCACCAAGCUAAGCGCGGAAGAGGUCGUGGUCAUGACCGUGGUCGGGGAAGAAACUUUAAUCAUGGUAAUAAUAAUGCACCAAAGAACCCUCCUUACCACCAGCAGUGGAAAAGGAAGGAACAAAAGCAUGAAGCGGUGCAAGCACCAAAUGCAGAAAAUGCAUGCUAUAGAUGUGGAGGAAAAGGGCACCGGUCACGUACUUGUCGUACUUCAAAGCGCCUGGUUGAGAUUUAUCAAGCCUCCCUAAAUAAGACUGAGAAAAAUGUUGAAGCAAAUUUUAUUUCUGAAGAUAAUUUAGACUUCAUGCAUUUAGAUGUAGCUGAUUACCUUGCACUCCCAGAUGGAGAAACAAGUCAUGUGAUCGGUGGUGAAUCUGUAGAAAUGUAA